AUGGAUUCUUCAGGUGCUAUUGUGGGAGGUUUGAGUGCUCGUAUUGAUUAUGUGCAGUCUCUGGCUCUGGUGGAGGCGUUCGCAAACAGGUUGGUCAGUUCUUUUGCGAUAGAAAAGGGUUUAGCCCCUAUUGUUUUUGAGUCUGAUUGUCUUGAGUUGGUUAAAGCAACAACUGUUCUGGAUGGAGAUGAUUCUGAUUUUGGUAAGAUAGUGGGAGAUAUUCAAGUUUCAUCUAAUCUUGUUGCCCACAAAAUGGCCAAACUAGUUCUUAGUACUGGUCUAAGUUAUGCUUGGUAUGGAGCGAAUCCUCCAUAUGGAGGCUCUCCUACGAUAUCUGUUGCUGAUUUUGAUCUGCUCAAAAGUGAUUCAGAAAGCGAGUUGCGUUCAAAAAUUGUUCAAUCACCCGAAAAACUGCAGAGAGCUUUAGCAGAGAAGAAAUUAAUUAGAGAGCAGGCUUCGAAGGAUGAAAUGUUAGCCAUGCAAUCUUUGAAGGAGAAGACUGCUGUUGAUGAGGUGUAUGCGAAGGUUUCCAAAAAAUUGGCAAAGUACUUGGCCCAGAUGCAUGCUAUACAAGAACAGGUCAAUACUGCUAAAUCUACUAGCAAAGACUACAAGGCUGAAAAAGAUAAAAUAAGUUGUGACAAAGUCCUAAGCAAGGUUCUCCAGGAUGAACUACUGAAACAGCAAGCAAAAUUGAAAGAAUUGCAUGAUUUGAAGAAGUUAGAAAAGGAACAGUCUCUCAAGUUUGAGGAGGUUAAUAAAGAACUCGGUAAUUUGAAGCUGGAGGUGGAAGGUAGGAGAAAUGCUCUGGAAGCAAGGGAGAAGACUGUUGAAGCUGCAUUAGCAGAGGCUGAUAUUAUAACUGCAAAGACUGCAUUAGUAAGAAAAUCUGGGGCAGCUGAUCAGCAACAAUUGGCUCAUGGAAGUGAGGAUAUUAUUAAUGAGUUCCACAAAUACUUACAUUCAAUGGAAGUCCUGCAUCAAUGUUAAUGGUGCAUGGAGCUGGUUCUUCUGGAUUUGUUGGCUGGUUUGGCCGCGGAAAGUAUCUUCAAUCUUCGCUUCAAGAGCCGAAAGCAU